UCUCUUUAAAACCAUAAUAAAGAAUAUUAUUAAAAAUUUUAUAUUCUGCCACUAGAAUAUCAUGUUAUCUCACUAGAUUAAUAUAACCCGCCAAAUAUUAAAUAAUAUACAAUAUAAAAUUAUAAUUUUGAAAUGAAAUCAAUAUGUAUAAUCAUGGCACAUUUUGAAGAGGAGGAAAGUGUAAGUGACAAGGAAUUAAAUGAAAGUACUAGUAGUAUAGGAAAAGAAAAUUCUCAAGAAGAAAUUGAAAAUAAUGCUCGUAUUGAUGAAGAACAAAAAGAAAAAUUAGUAAAAUUACCAUUAGGUAGAAUAAAAACAAUUAUAAAAAUGGAUCCUGAAGUACAUAUGGUUAAUCAAGAGGCUGUUUUCUUAAUUACAAAAUCUACGGAACUUUUUAUUGAUUCUCUUGCUAAAGAAUCAUAUAAAUAUACAGCACAAAUGAAAAAAAAGACAAUACAAAAGAGAGAUGUAGAAAGUGCAAUUAAUAAUAUUGAUGCACUUGUAUUUUUAGAAGGAAUGUUAGAUUAAAAUUUAAUGAGAUGUUUAA